AUGGCGACCACUAGCCCAAUUCCAGACAGAUCCUAUGUAUCGAAGUCAUCAAAGUACGACCUCGUUGGAAAGCUCAAGAACUUGAACAUUCUUGAGCACACUCGACGGAAGAGAGAAAAGCACCACGCUAAAUGCGCUAUGAUUGCAGCCAUUCACAAUGCUAGUCAAAGCCGUUUCUACCAAUUGCCUCCGAAACUCAUCCUCACGGUUACCGGUUAUCUACCAGCAUCGUCCCUGCUCAGCCUUCGAGGAGCAUGUCUAAAGCUACAUGAGAUAGUCAUGCAACCCAAGGCCAUCCAAGCAGAUGAAUACCGCGAAAUACGACACAUGGUCCGCCGCGACGCCUACAGGAAAUACUGCAACUCCACGAACGAAAGCCGCGUCGGACUGAGGAAUAAAGCCUGCAGUUUCUAUCAUCGUUGGGACAAUGACCACCCGCGGAUCUGCUGCGACAAGGGCCGCAAGUCCAGCACCGCGAUCUGGAAGUUGAACUCAGACUACAAUGUCCGCAUCUGCACCAUAAUGCGGUCGGAUCCAAUAACACUAGAGAGGUUGCAGGGAGCUUUCGAUCGGCUGAAAGGGGAGCUUUGUAAGGCUAACGGUUGCUCGACGACUUGCAUUAUGUAUCGGUGGCGGAAUCAUCUUAUAGGACGAGAUGAGAUUGCGAUGAAGGUGACGAGGGGAUUUGGGCGAGGGGAGCCAACAGAUCCGGAAUGGCUUGCGCAGACAGACCCAAGCUCGGCGGUAGUGUUGGCUGAUAUGUCGCUCAUGAGAAAGGUCUUAGGCCCUUUGGGAAUGUUGGCGGUGCGCCCUGGAUCAGGGGAGUAG